UUUUCCUUUGAAUUUUUAAUCCUUUAGCAAAUACCUUGGUGUGAAUGGCCACCAGGUCAAAUGCUCUGCCUUGGCAACAAGGGGACUCCAAGGAAGCCCCAGCAGUGUUGCAAAUCUCCUCGCUCCACACCUGCCAGAAAGCAACUGGAGAAAAAAAACCCUUCCUAUGCUCUCUGUGCCUUUCAGGCAGGGAGAGCAAGGAAUGGCCCAAGGGCAGUCACUGAUAAAAGCACCCCUGAAGGACUUCUGCCCUCAUCCAUCUCCCAGCCACUGUCCAGCUCCUCCCCUCAGCACUCCCUGUGCUCCUCAGCAGCUGAUACAGAUUAACCAGAGCCCCCUGCUCUCCAGUGACGGUGCCACACACAGAGUUCUCCAGCUCCACAGCUGGGGAACUUCACAACACAGAGCUUCAGCCAGACAGGCAGCAGCUUCCCUCCAGCCUGAUACAGCAACGGGAACACCUCUGCUAAGACCACAUGGCCACGUCGGGAAAAGUUAUCAGAUGCAGAGCUGCUGUUGCCUGGGCUGCAGGACACCCACUCUCUAUUGAGGAGGUGGAGGUUGCACCUCCAAAGGCAGGUGAAGUCCGGAUUAAGCUUGUGGCCACAGGCAUCUGCCGCACGGAUGAACACCUCUUGCAAGGCUGCUUUCCCAAAGCGGAAUUCCCAGUUAUCCCAGGCCACGAAGGAGCUGGAAUUGUGGAAAGCAUUGGAGAAGGAGUGACCUCUGUGAAACCAGGUGAUAAAGUCAUUCCCCUUUGCCACCCUCAGUGUGGGGAAUGCAGCUUCUGUCUGAAUCCUGAAUCCAAUUUCUGCCAGAAGUCCCAUUUCUCUGAACAACAAAACCUCCUGCCUGACAAGACCACCCGGUUCACUUGCAAAGGGAAGCAGAUCCACCACUUCCUGUGGGUCAGCACCUUUGCAGAAUACACCGUGGUCCCAGAGUACGCUGUGGCCAAGAUAGAUCCUGCAGCACCUCUGGACAAAGUCUGCUUGCUCGGCUGUGGGUUUUCCACAGGCUAUGGGGCUGCCCUCAACAACGCCAAGGUAAAGCCAGGCUCCACCUGUGCCAUCUUCGGCCUCGGAGGAGUUGGCCUCUCUGUCGUCAUGGGCUGCAAGGCAGCUGGAGCUUCCCGCAUCAUUGCUGUGGAUAUCAACAAGGACAAGUUUGCCAAGGCCAAGGAGCUGGGAGCCACCGACUGCAUCAGCCCUCACGACUACAAGAAGCCCAUCCAGGAGGUGCUCACUGAGAUGACAGGACAGGGCGUGGACUACUCCUUUGAGGCCAUUGGCUAUGCAGAAACCAUGAUUGCUGCCCUGGCUUCCUGCAAUAUGAGCACUGGCGUUUUUGUGAUGGUUGGGGAAUUGGAUUCCGGUUCAAAGAUUUCCGUCGAUCCUACUCUGCUGCUGACUGGGCGUACAUGGAAGGGGUCAGUGCUUGGAGGCUGGAAGAUAAGAGAUUCUAUCCCCAAAUUAGUUUCCAGCUAUUUGGAGAAGAAAUUCAAUUCAGACUUGCUGAUCACACACACGCUGCCCUUCGCUAAAGUGAACGAGGGAUUUGAGUUGUUACGUGCAGGAAAGAGUAUUCGCAGCGUCCUGCUCUUCUGAGGGACACAGCCAUGGAAAGCUGAGAGGAGGGACCAGCCCAGCAGAUGCUCUCCUGGCCCACGCCCUUCUAAAUCAACCUCACCUUGUGGGGCACAAGGAGACGAGAAGAAGGAAGUCGCCUACGCUGGUCUUGCUGCUGCUCUUCCUGUGCCCAGACAAGACCCAGAAGGAUCCCUCUUCUGAGAAAACGCUUUUACCAAUAAAGGGUUUCAGUCAAA